GCUUCUCUCAAAAGUGGGCUAAAACCUGGAAAAAAAAUUUCAUAUAUGUGAGAAAAACACAGCGUUCAUUCUUCAUCUUUCAAACCCCCCAAAAAACCUAAUUUUCUUCGUGAAUGUCAAACCACUGAUUCCGAGAUAACCAAAUCAUCAUCAAGGUUGGUUGUUGUCUAGAUGGAUUCAGGUGUGGAGAAUAGUAGUGAAGGAGGGAGUGGGAAAGCGAUUUCUGAAGUAGGGUGGUACAUACUUGGUGAGAAUCAAGAGCAUGUUGGUCCAUAUGCAUUCUCUGAAUUACAAGAGCAUUUCAAGAAUGGAUACAUCGCUGAAAGUACACUAUUAUGGGCUGAAGGAAGAACUGAAUGGCUGCUGUUGUCAUCGAUUCCUGAACUGUUCACGGGAAUAUCUUUACGGAGACCGGAGCCUGCUGUUGCAGCAGCGACUUCUGACAAUGAUGAUGAGUUCGCCAAAUGGCAGGAGGAGGUUAGAAAAGCAGAACUCGAAGCUGAGGCUUUGAAGCAUGGCUCAAAAUUAAAUGAUGUUGGUGGGUCAGAUCAGUUGAAAGACUUGGAGGGGGAUGUUGACGAGAGGCCUUCCACACCACCUGAUGGUGAGGAAGAAUUCACUGAUGAUGAUGGAACUGUGUACAAGUGGGACAGAGGUCUUAGAGCAUGGGUUCCCCAAGAAAACUUGGUUUUGAAAAGUGAGGAAACAUAUGAAUUGGAUGAGAUGACUUAUCCAAAAGAAGAGGAACUGUUCCCAUCAGUACUGGGUUCUGGCAUCUCUUUAAAAGGAGAGUUUGAUGAUAACACCAAAACAAAAGAAGCAAAACCUGACGCAAAGCGUAAAGCACCUGAGAAGGAAGAAAAGAAGCAGGAAGCAAACAAACCUCCUGAUAGUUGGUUUGACUUAAAAGUUAAUACACAUGUUUACGUUACAGGAUUGCCAGAUGAUGUUACUGCUGAGGAGGUGGUGGAAGUGUUCUCCAGGUGUGGUGUUAUUAAAGAGGACCCUGAAACGAAAAAGCCUCGUGUUAAGAUCUAUGUUGAUAGAGAGACAGGAAGGAAGAAAGGUGAUGCACUCGUGUCUUACAUGAAGGAACCUUCUGUUGAGCUAGCAAUUAAAAUUUUGGAUGGGGCACCUUUCCGGCCUGGUGGAUCUCCUCUUAUGACCGUCAGUCCAGCAAAAUUUGAGCAGAAAGGUGAUAAAUUUGUAACAAAGCAAGUAGAUAAAAAAAAGAAAAAGAAAUUAAAGAAAAAUGAGGAGAAGAUACUUGGAUGGGGGGGCCGUGAUGAUAGCAAGGUGUUGAUUCCAGCUACUGUUAUUCUCCGGUUUAUGUUCACACCUGCUGAAAUGAGGUCUGAUGUUAAUUUAAAGGCCGAGCUGAAGUCAGAUGUUGAGGAGGAAUGCGUGAAACUUGGUCCAGUGGAGCUAGUUAAGGUGUGCGAGAACCAUCCUCAGGGAGUUGUUCUGGUGAGAUUCAAAGAUACAAAGGAUGCUCACAAGUGUAUAGAGCUAAUGAAUGGAAGAUGGUUUGGUGGUAGGCAAGUACAUGCUAGCAUAGACGAUGGUUCGGUUAAUCAUGCUGCGGUUCGUGAUCUUGAGUAUGAUGAAGCUCGGUUAGCUCAGUACGGUGCGGAGCUUGAAGCUGAUGACUGACAAAGAUAGGGAUGCUUUAUGAAGGAGCUAAUAUGGAAGAAACCUGCUUGUCCAAAUUGUAAAAUCUCAGUAACUGAGGCUUAUGUGUUGCACAGAAUGCUUUACUUAAUACUGCAUAUAUAUGGGAGGCUUUUGCAUUGGGAUGGACGGCUUGCGUAAAAUCCCAAUUCAGAUUUUGUGAGUAUUUUGGGCAGAAGGGGUAGAUGUAAAUGAGCGCAUUUAAAGAAUGUUAAGGGCACGAUGAAAACUUUUACUUAGGAUUAUGUUUACAGUCACCAACUUAGCUAGAACGGUAGCAUGCACUGCCUCAUGGCCACGUAUGAGCUCAAUUGCUGAAACACCAACUGACACGAGGUUGUUGAUUAGUCAGUUGAUAAUCUGACAGCCUUAAUUUCCCACUAAUUAAACUUUUUUAUUGGGUGAAUCCAAGUGAUGGAAACACGCGAUAAUGAAGAAUCCACCAACAACUAGAUUAUGUUUUAA